GGCGAUCACCCUAGCUUAUGCCAGCCGCCGCCUUCUCCCCGCGCCUCCUGCGGCUCGCCUGCGUGCUGCCGCUGCUGCUGGCUGUGCAUGCGCUUGGCGACUCCCACGGAAGUGGGUCCGAAGAGGCCAUGUCGAUGGCCCCGACGACGAGCCCGCCGAACGCGACCCACAUCGAUACCUGCCAUCGAAUCGUGGGCGCUGCCGUCAACAUGAGCUGCAGCGCCAACUCGAUUUUCCAGCUGGGCACGCUUGCGAUGAACGAGUCGUCGCUCAACGUCUUUUGCAGCGACCCGAGCUGCGGCGAGAAGCUCAAGGCCCUCAUCGCCGCGCGCGACCAAUGCAACGACAUUGAGCUCUCCGUCUUCUAUGAGCUGGCCGACAUGGAUGGGUGGCCGCAGUUCCAGUACAUGUGUGCGCCCACGUGCCGGCCACAGUACAUUGAGUUUGCCAACCAGUGGUACAACUGCCAAUCCCUGGACGAGAAGGCGCCGCCCGACGCGCCGCCGGUUCGCGUCGCCUGCACUGGCUGUCACAAGGUCAACGAGUCCAUUAGUGACGUCUCGUUCGUCGCGACGUGCGGCGGCCUCGUCGACUUUAUCCGCCGCAUGCUCGCCGAGCGCCAGCUCUCGAGCCAAAACGCGCCCUUUGACAUGAACCACCUCAUUGGGACGUGUGCCAAGUACGCCAACAUCUCGAUGGUCCCCCCGCGCAUGGUCGACGCCCAUAAGAAGCCCGCAAGCUCGCUCUUGUUGGUUGUGAUUGUGCUCGGUGGCCUCGGCGCGAUGGCCCUCGUUGUUGGCUGCUUUUGGCGCUGGCGCCGCGAAGACAGGCCCGCCGAGGUCGACCAAAACCGGCUCUUGACGCGCUCGUCGGGCGGACGGUCCACGACGCGCACUGGAAGUGCGCCGACAACCGACGGCCGGGCGUCCGGCGAGGUGUUGCGGCCAGCAGACGUGUUGUUCCUUGACCGGCUGCGGGUCGAUGACGCCAGCGUCGUUCGGACGCGGCUCCUCGCCAAAGGCGCGCAUGGUGAAGUCUACCUCGGCAAGUACAAUGGCGAACGCGUCGCGAUCAAGUGUCUUCUUCCAGGCCGGACGAGCCAGCAUGAGACUCAAGCCAUGGUCGACGAGAUCAAAAUGCUCUCCCGACUCGACAGCCCGUUCGUUGUCGCGUUCUACGGUGUGUGCUUUCUUCAGACGUCGCCCCUCGCGCGGCUCUCGUUUCUAGUGGAAUUCAUGGACCGCGGCGACCUCCGCGACCUUUUGGUGCUUUCAGCGAGCGACCCCGCGGCGCUCUUUCCGUGGCUCGAGAAGCUCCAGUGCGCGUGGAGCGUCGCCCAAGGCCUUGUCUACCUCCACGAGAACACGGUCAUCCACCGCGACCUCAAGUCGCGCAACGUGCUCCUCGACUCGGGCAAAGGCACCAAGCUCACCGACUUUGGCGUCUCGCGCCACACGUCCAAGACGCUCACGAUGACGGCCGGCGUCGGCACGUACCGCUGGAUGGCGCCGGAGCUCUUGAGCGAGAACCAGUACACGGUCGCCGCCGACGUCUUCUCGUUCGGCAUGGUGCUCUCGGAGCUAUUGACGCACCGCAUUCCGUACUCGGACCUGAUGUCGAAGAACGGCCUGCCGCUCGUCGACACGGCGAUCAUCAACAUGGUCAUCAACGGUGCGAUCACGCCGACGCUGCCCGACGACUGCCCGCCGUGGGCCCGCGACCUCACGCUGGCGUGCAUCGCCGCCGACGCCAACGCCCGGCCGACGGCAAGGCAGGUCGCUGCCAUUCUGCACCAGCAGCUCGUGCUCGCGGUCCCAUAACUUAACCUAUUUAUCGACUUGCGUACAUGGAGG